CACAGCUUCAACCGCGCGCGACCUGUCCUUUGGCAUACGAACGCGUAUCCUGUAUUGAUAGUUGAUCGAGUACGUAACUUCUUCUGAAGAGAGAGAAGAGAGAGAGAGAGAGAGAGAGAGAGAGAGAGAGAGAGAGAGAGAGAGGUGUCGCUUCAGAGGUGCGUCUUGAAGAAUUUCCGAAGGUCCUAUAAACUGCUCGAAAAGAUCGCGAUAUGAAGAUUAUCAAAUAUCUUUGCUGUACUCUGGCUUGCAUGUGCCUGUUGAAGGUGGCAAAUACUGAAGUUUUAAAAGACAAGAAUUCACUUUUACAGUUCGAACGGCAGCUUCUAAAUGCUUUAAAAGAAGAGAAAACAAUCAAGUCGAAGAGACCAUUUUGCAAUGCUUUCACGGGAUGCGGCAGAUUUGCGGAUAAAAGGAGAGUGAAGAAGAAAGGACCUUCCACUCUGCGCGAUUUACAGGACCUUGAAGUAACGAGCGACAACAUUCAGCUUCCGGUUUCUCUGUACAGGGCACUGCUGAAUGCCGCCAAACAAAACGUUUGGAAAGCGAUAGAUCGUGAGGAGUACGAUUAUCGAUUACAACAAAUGCCGCGGAUUUAUUUCUCGGGUCAAAUGCCCCUACGUGACACGAUGGAAAGCUAAUUUUGACGGACGUAACUUUUGAUGCAUGGACACCGCCAGAAUUUGUAACAGAUGGAGUUAUACUUUGUCUUCUUGUUUUUAAAUGUGUAAUAGAAAUUUAUCUAUAAUACUAAUUAAAUAUUUCAUGAGAAUUAAGUUAUGAGAUUAUACCGUUUUAACUGAAGCGGUGCCUAUGCCAUGAUAUAUUUAUUUCCGUUUUUCUGUCUCGUCAUAAUUGAAGAAAUCUAAAUUGAAAGAAGAAAAUUGUACCAUUAUAAUUACACAUUUUAUUUUAUGUGCAACUUCCGCGAGAAUUUUACCGCUACGAAUGUAUAAUUCGCAAAAGAAGCAUAUAAAAAUGUAAUCAAUAUAAUAUUGGUGUUAGCUAGAAUUAAAUUAGAAAUAUUCAUUUAUUUGCUGGAGCAUUUUGACAAUUAUGCAUUUAUUUGUACGUACCUCAUCCUUCCGAC